AGCCAUUUUAACAAUGUUAGGAGCUGUGGGACGCUGCUGCACCGGGGCUUUGCAGGCUCUGAAGCCCGGGGUUACACCCCUGAAGGCUCUUACUGGAUCUCCAGCAGCGUUAUUUUCUCGUAGAGAUUAUGCAGCACCGGCCGCAGCUGCCGCCGCCGCCACCGGGCGUAUCGUCGCGGUCAUCGGUGCCGUCGUCGACGUUCAGUUCGAUGAAGGCCUGCCCCCCAUUCUCAAUGCCCUGGAAGUGACCGGCCGCGACACCAGGCUAGUCCUGGAAGUCGCUCAGCAUCUGGGUGAGAACACAGUGCGUACCAUUGCUAUGGACGGUACCGAGGGUCUGGUGCGUGGUCAGAAGGUUCUGGACACUGGAGCCCCCAUCAGAAUCCCCGUGGGCCCUGAGACCCUGGGCAGGAUCAUGAAUGUCAUUGGAGAGCCAAUCGACGAGAGAGGACCAAUCACAACAAAACAGACUGCCCCUAUCCACGCAGAAGCCCCUGAGUUCACUGACAUGAGUGUGGAGCAGGAGAUUCUGGUGACAGGAAUCAAGGUGGUCGACCUGCUCGCCCCCUACGCCAAGGGAGGCAAGAUCGGUCUGUUCGGUGGAGCCGGUGUGGGCAAGACUGUGUUGAUUAUGGAGCUGAUCAACAACGUGGCCAAGGCCCAUGGUGGUUACUCUGUGUUUGCCGGUGUGGGUGAGAGGACCCGUGAGGGUAACGAUCUCUACCAUGAGAUGAUUGAGUCCGGUGUCAUCAACCUGAAGGACAACACCUCCAAGGUGGCGCUGGUGUACGGGCAGAUGAACGAGCCCCCCGGCGCCCGUGCCCGUGUGGCUCUGACUGGACUCACCGUCGCCGAAUAUUUCCGUGACCAGGAAGGACAGGACGUGCUGCUCUUCAUCGACAACAUCUUCCGCUUCACCCAGGCUGGUUCAGAGGUGUCUGCCCUGCUGGGUCGUAUCCCAUCUGCUGUAGGAUACCAGCCAACCCUGGCCACUGACAUGGGUACCAUGCAGGAGAGAAUCACCACAACCAAGAAAGGAUCCAUCACCUCUGUGCAGGCUAUCUAUGUGCCCGCCGAUGAUUUGACUGACCCUGCCCCCGCCACCACCUUCGCCCACUUGGAUGCCACCACUGUGUUGUCCCGCGCCAUCGCUGAGCUGGGUAUCUACCCCGCCGUGGAUCCCCUGGACUCCAGCUCCCGUAUCAUGGACCCCAACAUCGUGGGAGCUGAACACUACGACGUGGCUCGUGGUGUCCAGAAGAUCCUUCAGGAUUACAAGUCUCUGCAGGAUAUCAUUGCUAUCCUGGGUAUGGAUGAGUUGUCUGAGGAGGACAAGCUGACUGUGGCCCGUGCCCGCAAGAUCCAGAGAUUCCUGUCCCAGCCUUUCCAGGUGGCCGAGGUGUUCACUGGACACUUGGGCAAACUGGUGCCCCUGAAAGACACCAUCAAGGGCUUCAAGAGCAUCCUGGGAGGUGAGUACGAUACCUUGCCCGAGCAGGCUUUCUACAUGGUGGGCCCAAUCGAGGAGGUGGUCCAGAAGGCAGAGAAACUGGCCAAGGAGCACUCGUGAGCGGGUUGUCGUUUAGGAACUAUAAACGUCAGGGAGGGGUUAAAAAGAGGUGGAUCAAGGGAGGAGCACUUGGUUUGUAAAACAAAUGUCACAUUCGACUCAAGCAAACAUUGUACCAUUGUGUUGUCAGUCAUUCUGAUGGAAAAAAAAAAGUUCUAUUUAAAUGUUUCCAAUUAAAUGAAGAUGGAAAUAAAGCUCUGUCUUACCAUA